ACAUUCAAGCGUGUGAGACCGUUAAGUGUGUGACAAUCGGUGUGUGUGUGUCCGUGCGUGAGUGUCCGUCGGUGAAUGUGGAGACUUAUUUUCGUAACCGACCCGUAACCAGCAGACCACCGCGAUGGAGACGAAUAACGGGGCCCACCAGCACCAGCAGGUGGUGCCGGUGGUGGCGCGGAGGCGUCGCCGGACCGCGCGGCAGCUGCGCGAAUCGACCCCGGAUCCGGGAACGCGCGGGAGCCUCGAAGGCAGCGCCUCGAACUCGGCCGACGAUCCGGCCGAGAGUGGCUCGGAGUCGGCCCGCGGCCAGGGAGGAAGCACCGUCGACAGCAGCCCGUCGUCCUCGAAGAAGAGCCUGAUCGAGCGGGCGAUGGAGUACGGGAGCGCGCACCGGAACAAGAUCCUGGCGCGCAAGGACAAGAAGCUGGCGACCGUGCUGGUCCCGCGCAGCCGCUCGGUCCCCCGGGACGAGGGCGACGUGCCGAGCAGUCCGGAGAUCUUCUCGUUGCUGCGCCGCGCCAAGCGGAGUCUGUCGGGUGCAAGAAAACCGAAAACGGACGACUCGAGCGACGGAGGCCGCAUUUCCGACACCGAGGUACGCCAACGACGCGAACGCAUCGAGCGCUUCCAGAGCGAACGGGCCCGCGACUCAUCGACCGGUGACGCCAAACCGACGGGAAACCUCACCAACAGCCACCAGGCGAACCUGCAACGGUUCAACGAGGAGCGCCGUCGGUUCGAACUGGAGAAGCUCAAGUUCCUGCAGGAGAAGCGCGAACUCGACCGGAUGCGGCUCCGACGGUUCGAGAAGUACCGCGAAGAGCUGCUCGAAGAGCAGAGCCGCAAGCUGAAGGCGAAGCUACAGCAGGAGCGCUCGAAGACCAUCGAAGCUACCCCCCUACCACCGCUGCCACCCUCCGGGAGCAGUUCACCGCCCUACCGAGGAUCAGCGACGCCGGCCAAGGAAUCGACCACACCGCCGGCGGUGGACCGUGGGAAGAAGAAGAUCCUGAUCGUCCCGAAGGCACGCUCGUCCAGUCACUCGGCGUCGACCAGCGAAGACGAGGGAGGCCGCGCGUCGUCGGACGAGGGCGCGAAGCAGGCAGCCCCGGUCCGCCGGCGCUACUCACCCCGCAAACCGAAGCGACCCCGGGCGACGAUGAAGCUGCUCGAACCGAUGAAACCACUCCCCGUCGAUGGCAUCACGUCGCCCGAGUCCGAACUACCGUCCGACUACCAGCCGGAAGAGGAAAGUGUGGCCCCAGCACCGAUCCCGGUCGAACCGGAAAUGGUACUCACCCAUAGGCGUGUCCCCGGGAAGGAACUAUCGCCGGUCCGAGCGGAGAAACCACCGGAGGAGUCCGCAGAAGUGAAGACUUUAGUUGUCGACGACCCCAAGAAGGAGAAGAACGGAACGACGGAACAUCCCCAGGGUGAUAGGGCGAUCGUCGAAGCGGUCAAAAAACCCCGACGUCGAAGGCCACUGACGCUGUACGUGGAGAAGCCAGGCGAUAGCUUCGGUUGCGGUGCGCUCCUGAAGGAGUGGUACGAAAUGUGGCAAGACUUUGUCGAGGAUCACCCGGAGGAGCUGGUCCGGAUGCGGCUGCAGGUCAAUCACUGUGUGUUCUACUUCGGCGUGAUGGUGCUGCUGUGCGGUGUCGGAGGGAUCGCCUUCCGGCUCACGGAGGGCACGUUCGAGUCGCAGUACAAGUGUGGCGUGAAGCGCGUCAAGCGAGAGUUUAUCGAUCAGCUCUGGCUGUCCAGUCACAGUCAAAGGGAGGAAGACUGGAAGCUCACCGCACGGAACCGGCUGCGCAAGUUCGAGGAGGAGCUACAGAUAGCGUUCGAGGCGGGCAUGAAGUCGUACAGUGGGAACACGGCCUGGAACUUUAUCAACGGUGUCAUCUACUCGCUCACGGUGGUGUCCACGAUUGGAUACGGACAUAUUACACCCUCGACGACAACGGGACGGGCACUGACGAUCGUGUAUGCCAUCAUUGGCAUACCGAUCUUCCUGAUCGUGCUGGCCGACUUCGGUAAGCUGUUCACGCGCGGCAUCAAGUUCCUGUGGGCGUACGUACGGCGCCUCUACUACACUGGAUCGUUCCGGAAGGUCCGCAAAACGGCUCAAGUGCAGGAAGUAAUGAAAGGGCUGAACGUGGUGUACGAUAUGGUCCGACGACCCAGCGGUGACAACGAGCUGCAGGCCUCGACGGCAACGGCCGCCACUCCGAUGAUCCCACCCCAGCAAACCCCUCCGGCAGCGCUGCCCCAUGCCUACCGGCUGCCGGCGACAGCCGAGGGUGGUCAACCGGCGACCGGGAUCGAGCUAGCCCCCGAUACACCGACCACCCCGAUUCCGGAGACGUUCGAGAUCGACGACGAGUUCAACCUGCCGAUCUCGGUGGCCAUCUUCAUCCUGAUCGCGUACAUGCUGUUCGGGGCGACGAUCUACUUCACGUGGGAAAACUGGAGCUUCUUCGAGGCGUUCUACUUCGUGUUCAUCUCGAUCUCGACCAUCGGCUUCGGGGACUUUGUGCCGCAGCACCCGAUCUACAUGAUGUGCAGCAUCCUGUAUCUGAUCUUUGGUCUCGCGCUCACCUCGAUGUGCAUCAACGUGGUGCAGCUGAAGCUGAGCGACAGCUUCCGGCAGGCGAGUGCCAAGAUUGGGGCCACCAUCGGCCUGCAGAUGGCGGAGGCGGCCUCCCUGCAGCAGUCUCCGGUCCACACGCCGAUCGAGCUGGCCGCGGUGCACACGUCCACCCCGACCAGCGCUGGGGAAGGUGGAACCUCCACACCGGCGGCCCCCGCGGAUACCUCGGCCAGCGCCAACGGCUCUCCUGCCCUGCCGACGCGACCCUCCAGUGCCGUUCAGAAACCGGACAAGAAAGACUGAACGGACGGGAACGGGGCGUUACCGAAAGCCCCCCUGGUACAGUGGACGAUGGACGAAAGGGGUCCGAAAGAGGCCCCGGGGGUGGCCCCGGGGUGCUCUUGUACCAUUAGGACUAGCAGUUAGUGAGACACAGGAUGCAAGAUGAAUCUUCUAGUUUAUACCGUGCUGACGCAAGAAGUUUGUUAUUUAAUGAAGUUUAGCUUUAAGGACGAACAUGGGGCGGACGAGAGAGACAAACCAAACGCUGCGGAGAAGCGGGGAGCCUCCCCCGGAUAUUGCCUACCCGCGCUACGCAACAUUGUGCUAUGCGAUUGUGUUUUUUGCUGCGUUUCCUUGUGGCUCCGGCGGCGCUCUCGGAAUGGGUGUACGCGCGAUAUAGAUGCGAAUAA